CCGGCCCUGGGAAGUCGGGGAGGGCGAUGGAAAGAGAGGCCGGGGCCGCCCCGGCAAGCGCCUCUCUUCCCACCGGGUCGUAGGCCCCGCGCGGUCGCCGCGCUCCGAGGAUCGGGCGUGGGAUUUGCUGCCGGAUUUGGGACACUCGAGGCAGGCCUUCCGGGAGGGGAAGGGACCCCUCCGGGAAGACAGGAAUGCGCUUUCGGAACCCCGGAGACCACUCGCACUCGCCCACCGUGACACACUCUUCACGCACACCUUCGUUUGCGUGCGUCUCCCACAACUUUAUACACUCAUAUCCUCUUGCGCGUGCACCCCAUUCCCGCGACAUCUGCGUGUCCUCACACUCACAUCAUUUACACGCCCCACGCGCCCUCUCACACACAGUAUCGCACUCGCCCUGGAGGGUGCUGGAGUUGACAUCUGUCCUUCUAGAGAAGGUUCUAGUUGGAGGAGGACCGAGCCUCCCGCCAUCGGUGAGGCCUACCCUGUCGUGGAAUUGGUGGGGAGCCACCGGCGUCGUGGGGACCCUCCCACCCCACCUCAAGCCCUGCCUCUGGGGAUCCCACAGCGCUGAGGAGGGCGGCUGCGGCGCGGGGUGGUGGAUGGCUCCUGUGGGUCGUGUGUCCCCUUUGAGCGGACGAGCGCGUCGGGCGGAAGCGCUGAUGAGCGCGAACGCAGUCGGGAUUUAUAGGGACAGACACGAUUAGCCCUCGGAGGACACUUAAGUAACUGGAGUUUACGUUCAGUAAUCACUUGGCAAAUUUAUCGGCGCUGCUGCGGCCAGGAGGUAGCCGCCAGGUCCCACGCUCGGGCCGGGGGCGCUCGGGGCUCUGCGGGGGCAGCAGCGUCGGGGUGGCCCGAGGCGGGAGCCUUCCUUGGCCUGGCUCCUGCGGGCCGCCUGAUGGCCGGUGGGGAGCACGUUUUCCCAGGAGCCCCGUUUCUCUCUAAUCGGGAUCAGUCCGCCUUAAUGAUUUUUCCAGAAAGAAACUUCCCAGGAGGCUCUCGUAAAAACGCCCUGGCCUCUAAGCCGGCUGCUUGCUCCUGUGCCCAGCACUUCUCGGCAGGGCAGGAUCCAGGGACCGUGAAGCCGCUCCCCAGCCUGGCCCCCAAAGGGAACCCCCAAGCGCGGUGCUGCGCGCGGCCUUGGGUCCUUCCCUCCUGCCCAGGCCUCGCGAGGGGAACGGCCUUCCUUUCGCGGCUGCCGGGAGCUGCGGGCGCAGAAGCCGAUCCGGGCCCCCGGUGGGACAGGCCACUCCCUGUCCCCGUCCCCGGUGGCUUCCCGGGGCACGCGCGCGUGCGUGGAGUCGAGGGGGGGGCGCGGGGGACCCCAGGCGCCGAGGGGACCCGCGGUCAUUUGGGUUUUCGGCUCUGCGUCUGGCGGACGGUUGCAUUUCCUGCCCCCUCCCGGCGGCCGCGUGGGCCCCACCCGGUGGAGCGUGGGGGUCCCUGCGGGAGGGACGCAGGCGCCUCGGGUUCAGACUCUAACCCGCGCUUGGUGUUUCUGGCGGUCCCUGGGCUGCUCAGCUGUUGGGCAUUGUGUCCUGAGAGGGCCCAUCCGGACUUCCUUCCCUCCCUGCCACGCCGCUCUCCCUUUUGGGGGUUAUCCGGGAUCCUGGAACGGAUUGAUCAAAGGGACUAAUCCCCGGGCCACUCCCGAAGGCCCCUUUCCUGACCCACGUGCCCCCAAUUCCGUUUAUAACCGUCCCGCGGGCCCGACUCGCGCUCUCUCGGGAGAGGGAGCUGUUAGGAGCUGGCGGGGUCCACAAGUAGUUCCUUACUUUCCCACAGGCUCCAGGCUCUCAAACUCUGUAAAUAGUUAAAUUCUGACGUGACUCGUCCAUCAGAAUCUUAAAUGUAAACACUGAGGUCUCUCAGCCUUUCUAGUUAGGUAGAAUUUGCUUAUUCCCCUUAGGCCCCCUGAACAACACAGGCCUUUCCAUCGCCCUUGCCUUUUCUUCUGUUUUCUCCGUGCACCUCUUCCUUUAUUUACCUCAAUGUUCUACCUUUCCUUCCACGACAUCUCUCCCUUUCCUGAGUCUGAUUGUUCCCCUUUUUCAUGUGCAGUGGAGGAGUUAGCAGUGUUCAAAGCGUUUCUUCACAACCCGGGAUAUGUAGGUUGAACAGAAACAUGACCAUGCUCAAAAACAGCCUUGCGCUUUCGCGUAGGGUGGAUGAGUAAACCCACGUAAUUACGCCUCCAUAUUGAAGAAAGGCUGAUUUUAAUUUCUUAAAAAGAAUAUAAAUAAAAAGAAUAUAAUGUUAACUUGGUCUUAUCUACGACUUAAAGUGUAAUGUAGAAAUCAGGACAAAUCACUGAUGUCUUGAUAAAAAGGGAUUAGCUUUGUUUUUGUCAAAGCUCAUCUACAGAGAAUUUCUAGAGGUUGUGAUUAUCAUGGGGUUGUUUUUUCUCUCUUUAUACAUCACUGUAGGAGGCAUAUUUGAAUAAUGUCUAAUUCUAUUUUUAAACAGUAUUUCCAGGUAGGGAAAGUUAAAUUCCAGGCAUCUGCCUGAAUAUUCUCAGAUGUGCUAGCAUACUCUGCCAUUGAAGCAGUUAUUGUUGGUGAAAUAUUUUUUUAAAACUCACUACAGUAAAAUAUCUGCAGAGGGUGUAAGAAAAUUCACCACAGAAAUGUAUGUACACUAAGCUGAGGCUUAAUAGUUUCUUUUUGAAAAUAAGUUAUCCAAAACAAAAGAAAAUGUCAUACCUAGUGUAUCACCAGAGUAGCUGCUGAAAUGUGAGAAAUUCAACUUUAUUUUUAAAUUAUUUACCUAAAAGAGGAAAAUAUUAAUACAAUAAUAUGUAUGAAAUGACUUGUUUAAUUAUGGACUCAACUCUAUCAAGUUCAGAGAUACCAAGGGGAGAGGGAAAAUUCAGUUAGACUGUUACCUGCUGUCUUCCUUUUCUUGCUAUUUAACACCAAAAUGUAGUGUGGCUGAAUUUCUCUAGUUGUCUUAUUAAGUAUUUCCAUUUCCUGGACUAGAGGCCUUGUGUUUAAAGGCGUGUUUGUGGGGUGGUUAGGCCAGCUUAAGGAGGUGACAGCCAAAAGGCCCUGGCCUUUUUUUAUUUUUUUAAAGUCUUUUUGACUAGUAAGCAAUGUAGGGAGCUGUGAGAGUAAGUAUACUUAUGGCAUAAAGUAAAGGUAGGUUCUGCUAAGGCUUGUGGUCUUUAUUAAUGUUUGUUAAAGCUCGAUCUGCUGUGCUCUUAACCGCCCUGCAAGUAGUGAGGAAAGCUGUAGAAUGCAGAGGUCAACAGCCUAUUCUCUGCCCAGCUAGCCCUGUAAAAAUCGAGUGGUGGGAGUGUGUUUCACAGGUGCCUCUAUUUCUAAAGAAAAACAUUGUUUUGUUUUACCUCCUUCCCUUUCCCAGCUCCACAUUCUCUCCUGAUGCCCCUCUCCAUCAGUGAAAUCCUGGAGAACACUGAAAGGAAAUGCCAUUAUUAUAAUUUGACUGUACCCCCCAGUUUACUUUUAAUUUAAUGUAUGUGUUUGCUUUUUUCUCUUUUUCUUAUAUGCUUACUUCCGCCUGUGGCUUUGGAAGUAUCAUUUUGUGUUUAUUUUGACAGGAGGAUCUCCUGCUUGUGUUUUUGAGUGUACAGACCCUGAGGGGAGUGUGUCUGUCGGGGGAGGGGGUCUGCGCGUCCCAGGUGGGUUUCAGUGUUAUAUUCUGGCCCUUAGCUCAGCACUAGGGAUCUCACCCUGACCCCUAUGGGACUGCAGGGGCUGACAGCCUCUCAGGAGCCCAGGUCCAGGCAAAGCCACCAGGCCAGCAGAAUCCAGGCCCAUCCUUGAAGUAUCCCUUCCCUUUUGUGAAUUAGGAAGAAGAAUUAGGCUGGGAGUUGGUCUUUGGGAGAAUAGGAAAAACACAACCUUGGUUCUGCUUCAAGAUUUCUGUCAAGUGAGGGGUCUUGGAAAGCCAUUGUUGACCUUUCCUGUCUUUCCUUGCAGGGGAAAA